AUUUGACCCUCUUGUUUAGAUUUUUCUCUCUGGUAUUAUUGUUUAUCAUGCGGUUAAUGUUAUGUCACUCACAGCACCCUAAAUCUGGAAAUUAAUGUGUAAUAUAAUUUUGAAGUUAAUUUUAAUUUAGUGAAAUAUGUUGCGGUCAAUUAUAAAAGCAGCUCUGGGGACAAAUAUUGUGGUGAAGCAGCAGAUCCAAUUUGGAUUAAAUCGAUCAUUGGUUAUUCCUUCACGUUCAAUAUCAUCGGUUCCAUUGCUUAGUGGAGCUAAUGUGUUCCAAAAGAAUAAUCAAUCUAUCUUUGGAUACAGUGGCAUGGUUACAAAUUUACAGAAUUUAAGCAUGCAAAAAAGGUCAUUGACAAAAUUUUCUCUACGCAAAGGUAAACGUAAGGCAGUUAAAGCUGUAAUCAAGCGCUUCAAAAGGUUAGACUGGGGAUGUUGGAUACGUUCACAUUCGGGCCGUAACAAAAAGCUAUUCAAAAAAUCUCCAGCUUUAAGACGUCGUUUAAAGCAACAUGUUUUAGUUAAUGCUUCACAGAGUUCCUUGCUCGAUAAAAUGGUCACUAAGUUUUGGAAAAAACCAAAGUAUUAUGUCAAUGAUUUGUAUGAACCAUACAUGAAGAGGGAAGAAUUUUGGAUUACUAGAAAAAGACCAGCUGCAUUCUAAGAAUAUUUAUAUUAAAGUCAGAUCAGAUAAAAUA